AUGGCUGUGUGCACGACGACGAAAACACUCAUACGGAUUGGUUAUAAUAUAGAAAGACUUUUCAUAUUUGGUUAUGUGAACAUAUUUGAUUCUCAAUAAACCGUAUUACAUCUUAAAAUCGAUUUACAAUUAUGGGUGAAAAAUACAACAUGUUUUGCUUCAAUUGGUUGAGUCUACUUUUUAUUAUUGUAACAACACCAGUGUUAAGCUACUCUGAGUUUGAAUGUCCAUCCCGAACUGAAUGGAAAUUGAGAGCUGCCAGUCAAUGUAACAUUUCUGAGGGUUAUCACUGUUUAUUUGAUGAAAAUACUGAUGAGUUUGAAGAAUUUUGUGACACGAGAUCGUAUAAUGAUCCAGCAGGACACAAACUAGUUAUUGUUGGCGAUCUUGAUCGAAGAGAUUGCGAAGGUAUCAGAUAUCAGCCAUUUUCCUUUUCUACGAAUGGAAUGUCAGCAUGUAUCUUUGAAAAGACAUAUUGUAAAGAAGAAGGACAAGUUAUCCAUACUGAGGGAACAGCUGAUUCUGACAGACAGUGUCGCUGUGACUACACAAGGAGUUAUGCCUUUAUUAUAAAGCCAGAACAAAGUUGUUACUGUGUACCUUCAAAGGAAGACUGUUCGUGUUACAAAAAACCAUGUCCUCUUGGUUUUAUCAUGACGCCUGAUUACGAAUGUAUAAGCAAAACAGUGUGGACAGGAACGUUUACUUGUGCUUUAAUACACUACAAUGGGUGA